UUUGAAAAUUACUAAGAGAUAAAAAUACAUGAAUAUAUUUAAAGGCUUGUCGCUAAUCUAUUUAAAACGUUGACAUUUGAAGGUCUUCUCAUUUAUCUUCUAUGGGGUAUUUUUGUUCAAAAUUUCAAAAACUAUCAAAUUUAUGGAUACAAAACAAUACAGGCAGAAAUUAUGGAGUGAAAAUAGACUCUCUGGUUUGUGGGUGUGUAAUUCUUGAUUUGUAACUCAUAAUAUAUUGUGUGCAUAAGUAAAAAUAUUACAAAAUAAAAAAAAAUACAAUUUACACACACACAAAUUUAAAUUAAAACAGCUUAAAACUAAUUACACCUGCAAAUCUUUAACAUUCACUUGUUACACAAGUGCUUCAGUUAUGCGGGAAUCUAUGGUGGGUGAUGCAUUCAAGUACUACUAGAAUGCUGGUUCAUCAGUUUUCUUAUCAAAUUCUUAACUAUGAUCUUAACUUAGAUUGUUAUUAAUAUCUGGUGAAACUUGACAUUUUCCCACUUUCUUAAAAAUACAUUCUUGAUAAGAUUUGAAUGUGUAAUUAGUUUCAAGGUGUUGUAAUUCUAAUUUGUUCGUGUGUAUUUUGCAUUUUUUUUUAAUUUUGUAAAUUUUUUACAUAUGCACAAAACCUAUUAUACGAGUUAAAAUUCAAGAAUUAAGCACACACAAAUCAAAAAUUAUGCACAAAUCCUAAUUUAGACACAAAUCAAGAAUUAUGCACCAACAAAUCUGAGACUAUUUUCUCUCCAUAAAUUAUGUCCUAAACAUUUUAAUACCACAAGAAAUGUAAAUUUUGCUAAUUCUUUCUGCAGAAACGGAUGGAUUUUCUAUAUUUUACUUCAUAUUGAUACAAAACUGUAAGAAAAUAAAAUGUUUACAUAUAUAAAAUGAAAUAAAAUGGCUAAUAUUUUGAUUAAAAAGCUUAAUUCUUUUUCGAGUCAGAAGGAGCUGUUCUCCUGGUGUGGGAGAUGCUGUAGUGUUUGCAUCAUGAGGAUGUUUGUGUUCUGAGCAGCAUCCUGUGACCUUGUCGUCAGUCUUUAUGUUGUAUAAACGCACAUCUAACCGAGCAGAACUGAGGUGGAUCCUUCACGCUCCGUUAUCCUGCAACAUUACCCAACUCUGAAAUAGACUUUGUGUAACUCCCGAGUAUCACGGCUAGAACGGCAGACAAUAGGAUGAAUCAAUGCCAUCAUGGUGGAUUAGAUCCAGUAUGUGCAAUUAGAGAUGUGUUGUCCUCGGGGCAAAACCCGAUGCUAAAGACAGGAGAUGCUGCGACUCACAUGAUUGUGCUGUGACUGUCUUCUGAGGCUCUGCGUGUGUGAAAAGUUGUUCUUUUGGAAUCGGAGAGUGGGGAGCGCCUCUGUGCUCUCAUUGUCCUCCACGCAGAGCUCAGAAGCAGCCGGGAAGCGUCUCCGUCCGGGCGAUGUGGAGCCGUGGGAGGACGAUGGAGAGUGAGAAGUUGAAGGCUCUGAAUUAGUUCUUUGAAAAAGCGAGGAAGGUGCUCGGCUCUUCAGAGACUACCCGGCCUUGUGAGGAGCUGCUGACUUCAUGGGUUCUGCUUUUAAGAGGUUCUGUAUGCAGUUCUGCUGCUGCUGCUGCGCCGACGACGAGGACGACGACGAUGAGAAGCAGCCGCUCGUCACCCCAGAUCCGUUGGACUAUUUCACCCGUGAAGUCCAAAAGCGGCGAGAUGAGGAGACCAAUCUAUGGAGUGAACCCGGAGACCCCAGCCACUCGGAGAGGGCCGACGACCGAACCCUGUACACCCUCCUGCAAGCUAGGAACAAAACCCGCAUGGGAUCCACGGGCUACCGUCGUCUGAGCGUCGACAUCGAGGCCAUGAGAGACGUGCGCAGAGAAGUCCGGGACAAGUGGAAAACCAUCCUGGAGAAUCUAGGUUUCAUGGCCGAGGCGGACUCUCUGCUGACGGUGUCGGCCGGGGCCUCACAUGACCGCAUGCGUAACGCCCCGGCAGCACGGGCCAUGCUUCAUUCUCUGCACUCGGAGACCUCCAUCUUCUGCACCAGAGAGCCCCCUCCAGAGAGAUAUCUGUUCAUCCUGGAUCGUCUCAUCUACCUCGACAUUGCGGAUGACUUUUUGGCAAAGGCGAGACGCUUCUAUCCUCCAAAGGAGGACUCCGACGAGGAGCCGACCGGCCUCUCUAUCAACCUCCCGCUUCUCCUGGCCAGGGUGGAGGCCUUGAACGGAGGAGGUGAUGAAGACGAGAGCGAGAGGGACGAGGAGAACAUGAGUGACUGAUGCUUACACCUGCAGUGAUAACAGACAGGAGCCAGGGGGCAGUAUUCGUCAACCCUAAAAUGCUGCCUCUGGAUGCAAUUUCAUCUGAAUGUUUUGCCACCUUUUUUUCCCGCUUGAAUCUUCACUCUCUUAAAAGGUCGCUUCGGUUCCAUAAAGUUGUUGUUUCUUCACAAAGGAAUUUCCAGCCUGUUCUUUGUUCUGCGAAGCUUCAGGGUAAAAAUGUUCUUUUCAGCACUGCAGCCCUGAUAUCAUGUCCUGUGAUUAUCAGUCCUUUUUUUCACUUAAGCACAUGAUCAGACCCAGCGGUGCAAAAACAGCUCUCUAAUCUGAUGUCAUCACUUGUUUUUUUAUGAUAAAUUCACAAGUAUGUGUGUCAAAUUAUUAAUAUUCGUGUUGGAGAAUGCAAGAAAAUGCUACGUGAACUUUGAAACGGUUUGAGAAAUGAUUGUGACCUCUAGCAGGGGAAAACACUGGAAAAGAGUGUGGAGGUUUGCGUUGGGACUGAAAUAAAGUUUCUGCCUUAAAGCCCUGUCACAUGCUGUGGAAAAGUUUCCAGUCAGUCAAAGCUGACGUGCCUGACAGGGAAGGCUCCCCUCAAAACAAUUUGAAAUGCCGAGCAGAAUGAAACCUACGUGGCAAGUGUGGCAAGUUUAGCAUAUUCAUAUUCCCAACAAAGCGGCCUCUUGUUGGAGAGAAAAUCCGAUUGCACGCUUGUGAUGGCUCUGAUGUGAUGGAGCAGCCUCUGAGGUCAGACCGGGCUGCAGGAUGCAUGCCGGGCGCAGUGCGAUCAGCUGCUUGCUGUUAUGCAAGAGACACCCAGCAGUGAGGACAGUCUCUUGACAGAUAGGAAGUUUGUGUGAGUAAGAACUUUACUUUCCCCAGAGUUUUCUUUCUGUUAAGCCAGCACUUUGUGUCAGGCUAACCUGUGUAGGAGGUUAGCCGCUCUGUCACAAUAAAAAACAAAUAUUCUCCA